GUACAUAGUACAUACACACUCUCUCUCUUCUCCCUCACUUGUUCUCGUCUCUACCGGCCGUCUGUUUCUCCGGUUCUCCCUCACUUCUUCUCGUCGCCGAUCGCCGUCGCUCGCCACCGCUCCCCGUAGCUCGCCGUCGCCGUUCGCUGCCUCUCUCUUUGCAAGUGCUCAGAUCUGGACUUCCAGAACCCCAAGCUCUCAAUUUUCCAAACCCUAGUUCUAUGCUUCUCCCCAAUCUUUCAAGCAAUUUAGAGAUCUCCACGGUCCGAUGAGAAGGUGCUGACAAACUUCAAUUUCCCCCGGUUCCACGCUUUGUUUCCAAUCUUUUCAACAAUCAAGACAACUACUGAAUCCGAUGAGGAGAGGUGGAGAUAUGUGGGCGCGGAGGGGAGGGACGAGGCAGCUGAGAUCAAUGAAGAACAUGGCGGCCCGUCUAUCCAUUGUGGCUGUUGUCGCUGUGAUCUGCAUCAUUUCACUCUUCUCGAUGAUUUGGGUCACUGGUCCUAAUCGCUUACAGAAUUUUGAUGUGAAUGAGCUCUGGGGAACGGCUGCUUCUGGUGGUUGGAGACCAUCAUCUUCUCCAAGAUCACACUGGCCCUCUCCUCCUAAGGAGAGUAAUGGGUAUCUACGUGUCCGGUGCAAUGGUGGCUUGAAUCAACAACGAAGUGCGAUAUGUAAUGCAGUUCUUGCUGCUAGAAUCAUGAAUGCUACGCUGGUACUGCCUGAGUUGGACACCAAUUCUUUUUGGCAUGAUGAGAGUGGUUUUCAUGGUAUCUAUGAUGUUGAACAUUUCAUUAAGUCAUUGAAGUAUGAUGUCCAUAUUGUGGAUAGCCUUCCUGAUGUCCCUUCAAGAGGGAAGAACAGGAAGAUGAAGGCAUUUCAGAUUAAGCCACCAAGAGAUGCUUCUGUUAGCUGGUAUAAAACAACUGCAUUGGAAAAGAUGAGAGAACAUGGUGCUAUUUAUCUCACUCCCUUUUCUCAUCGUUUGGAGGAAGAGAUUGAUGAUCCUGAAUAUCAGAGAUUGAGGUGUCGAGUGAAUUAUCAUGCGCUUAGAUUCAAGCCUCACAUAAUGAAAUUAAGCUCUGAGAUAGUAAACAGGAUUCGGUCACAAGGUCAUUUCAUGGCGAUUCAUCUCCGCUUUGAAAUGGACAUGCUUGCAUUUGCUGGAUGUGUGGAUAUAUUUACACCUGAAGAGCAGAAAAUGUUAAUCAAGUAUCGAAAAGAAAACUUUGCCGAGAAAGACCUGGUUUAUAGAGAAAGAAGGUUAAUUGGCAAGUGCCCAUUAACUCCAGAGGAGGUGGGUCUCAUCUUGCGCGCCAUGGGCUUCAACAACUCAACCCGCAUUUAUCUUGCUGCUGGUGAACUUUUUGGUGGGGAUCGCUUCAUGAAUCCAUUCCGUAAAAUGUUUCCUCGUCUUGAGAACCACAGCUCAAUGCUGGAAACAUCUGAAAAGCUUGAAGAGAACGCCAGGGGUCUGGUUGGAUCGGCGGUUGACUACAUGGUGUGUCUCCUAUCUGACAUUUUUAUGCCCACUUAUGAUGGUCCCAGUAACUUUGCCAAUAAUCUCAUGGGCCACCGUCUCUAUUAUGGAUUCCGGACCACAAUUCAACCAAAUAGAAAGGCCCUUGCUCCAAUAUUUAUGGAUAGGGAGGAAGGCCAGACAGCUAAGUUUGAGGAAAGAAUUCGGGAGGUCAUGCUCAAUGGUCAGUUUGGCGGGCCACAUAAGCGGGUGCAUCCGGAGUCUUUCUACACAAACUCAUGGCCAGAGUGCUUUUGCCAGAUGACACCAAAAAAUCCUGCUCACAAGUGCCCGCCGGGCAAUGUGGUACAAGUCUUGGACAGCCAGUUGCAAAAGGAAACACAUGAUGGUUCAAAAUCUGCAACCACACUGAAUAGGACCAAAAUGACGGCAGAUGAUGCGUGAUUCGCAAGGUAACAAUAAUUUCGCAUUCUGACUAAAUCUAAUGAAGCUACCACUUGAAAAGUACUUAAGAAAGAGCUGUGUUAGAUGCUGCGAACAUCGAGGCUUUGAUAAUAUUCAAAGGUUGAUUGGUAUCUCACUCAAAUGAGCUGGAAGCAGAGUGUAACAUAAUUUUACUUUUGCUUGCAUGUAUGUAAUACUCAAUUACUCAAUUCUUUCAGGAUUUUACCAAAUGAGAUAAGGUUUUGUGAGGCAGAUUGCAGUUAUGUUUUCAA